GGUUUCGUUGGUGAGGUGCUUCCUGAUAGAAACCAAGAUAAUAAGCACAUGUUUUAUACACAUAAAAACAUUUUAGUGAAGUAUAAUGGGAACCAGAUAAUUCAUGUUAACCUUUCACAAGAGAGCCCUAAACCCCUUGAGGAAGGAAAGACAUUAGACUUGACAUACUCAGUCAGUUGGACUCCAACUAACACCAGUUAUGCACAUCGUUUUGAUGUUUACUUGGACUACCCAUUCUUUGAGCACCAGAUCCACUGGUUUUCUGUUUUCAAUUCGUUCAUGAUGGUUAUUUUCCUCACUGGCUUGGUGUCAAUGAUUCUUAUGCGCACUCUCCGUCACGAUUAUGCCAAGUAUGCACGUGAAGAUGAUGAUUUGGAAUCUCUGGAACGGGAUGUAAAUGAAGAGUCUGGGUGGACCACCACAGUAUUUAUCUUUGCUUUCGGCUGUUGUCGGCACUGGGGCUCAACUCGCAAUGCUUGUUCUCCUUGUCAUUAUAUUGGCAAUUGAUGGAAUGCUCUAUGUAGGGAGAGGAUCAAUUAUUACAACCUUUAUUGUGUGUUAUGCAUUUACAUCUUUCAUUUCGGGUUAUGUGAGUGGUGGCAUGUAUUCACGUAAUGGUGGUAAAAAUUGGAUGAAGUCAAUGUUUCUGACAACAUCACUUUUUCCUUUUAUGUGCUUUGGGAUUGGUUUCCUUUUAAACACCAUUGCUGUAUCUUAUGGAUCUUUAGCGGCUAUUCCCUUUGGUACAAUGGUUGUUGUUUUUGUCAUUUGGGCUUUCAUUUCCUUUCCCCUUACUCUUCUUGGUACUGUUCUUGGAAGAAACUGGAAUGGUGCUCCAAACAAUCCUUGCCGUGUAAAGACCAUCCCACGUCCUAUACCUGAGAAAAAAUGGUAUCUCAAGCCAUCUAUUGUCUCUCUUAUGGGAGGGCUGCUGCCCUUGGGAGCAUUUUUAUUGAAAUGUACUUCGUCUUCACAUCCUUCUGGAAUUACAAGGUCUAUUAAGUCUAUGGCUUUAUGCUCCUUGUUUUUAUUAUACUGAUCAUUGUCACAAUAUGUGUGACUAUUGUGGGCACAUAUUUCUUGCUUAAUGCUGAGAACUAUCAUUGGCAGUGGACCUCAUUCUUCUCUGCUGCAUCCACUGCCCUUUAUGUUUACCUAUAUUCUAUAUAUUACUAUUACAUCAAGACUAAGAUGACUGGCUUCUUUCAAACCAGCUUUUACUUUGGAUACACUAUGAUGUUCUGCCUCGGCUUGGGGAUCCUUUGUGGUGCUGUUGGACAUCUUGGCUCUAAUUUGUUUGUUAGGAGGAUAUACAAGAACAUCAAAUGUGAUUGAAUGUAUGCAUCCUUCAAGAACGAACACCUGCAGCUGUUUAGACAAUUGCUGCAUAAAUUUGGUUCCCUGUUGAUUUUUCUUAUAUAGGUCCAGGUGCAUUAGUUCCUUGUAAGAUUAGAUACCAUGACUGAUUGACGAGUACAUGAAACCAUGUUUUGAUAGCAGAUGGGAAGGCAUUUGCUCUUUUGGUUCUACACUAUGUAAAGCUUUCUGUAACUUGUGCUAUUCUGCACUUCUGCAUCUACUUGGAAAUUGGAAUGUUUACUACUCUUUU